CAUCUUGGAGGAUAAAUUAAAGAGGAACGCGAAUUGGAAAUCUCACGGUUUUGUACGAGAUUUGCAACGCGACACAACUUUCAAAGAAACCUACAGCGACGGUCAGACGGACGGUCCGUGCUAUACGGAAUUCUCGGGAUCCAGUUCGCUGGCGAUGGCAGCGGCGGCCCGCAGGCGCCAUGGCAACAUGCCCCAAAGGCGGGCGACUUUGUUGCCGCGGGGAUUCCAGCGCUCCAUGGCCAAACGGGUGACAUCGACAGCAACGGAGAGACAGCCCACUGGGAAGACUGAGACUACUGGCCCAAACCUGGUAACCACAGCAGGUGCACCGAGGCAGACAACACAGCAGCCUGGCACUAUUCAGCCCUGUGGGAUAGAAAUGGGGCCAGGUUGGACAUUUAUCUGCAAAGCCAAGUUGUCCCCCUCAUCUCCUCAGCAGCGUCAAAAUCACCCUGACACAACCAUCGCUCCUUUGACAGUCUGUCAGACAGAGCCCGACAUACAGAGUUCUCAUGUAUGGGUCCAUAGUGGGAAGAACAGAGAGGCUGAUGGGAAUAACAGAACCAUAGCAGCUUCACUGGAGAGAAUCAGGAUCCAUCCAGAGUCCCAGAGGAUUUUGGGCAGUUCCUGUGUAGCCACUGUGCGUCUGGAGCGUCUGAGGAUCAAACUUGACCCCGGACAGUCAGUUGCCCUGUCAAUGGUACCGCCACUGGUGUCUUUGGUGUCACUGUUACGCCAACCACACUCAGAGUUGCUGACUGAGGACGCUGCGGCGCCUCUGCCGGCAGUCAUUACCCCAGAGGAGCAUGUCCAACAGACAGGGUCCAGUCUGGAUUUCCAGCAGAGUUCAGCAAACAGAGAAGAGUCAUCUGGAUCAGUACCAGGGGCCUCAGGGAUGGAGCCAACACAAAUACAGGGGCCCCUUUGGACUGAACCACCACACCUUCAGGAGAGACCUGCACUCCCAUCGCCCCCUAUAGGACAAGCACCAGAAUCAGAUCUAGUACUCGACUUGGAGUCUGAAUCGGAGUCUGAAUUGGUUCCAGGUCUGAAAUCUGGCUCAGAUUCACUGGAAAUAGAAUCAGACCUGGAGCCAAAGUCAGAACUGAAUCUGCCAAUGGAGUUAGAUUCAAAGUUGGAAUCAGAAACAAAACUGGAAUCUGAUUGGGAGCCUGCAGAUGGGGAGGACAGUGAGGGGGGUCAUGUGGGGCAGUUCGCACCUAUCGAUGGGUCUAUCGUGUCCCAGGAGCAGCCUGAGAACGAGAAAGGGGCAGCAGGGAUGGAGAGUGAGGAUUUCUGUGCGGUGUGCUUCAAUGGGGGUGACUUGCUGUGCUGCGAUGGCUGCCCUAAGGUCUACCACCUCUCCUGCCACAUACCACCCCUCCGAAGCUCCCCACUGGGCGACUGGGUGUGCACAUUGUGCCGGAGUGACCAAGAACCUGGGGUGGGCUAUGACUGUGAGACCAUACAUCCCUCGACAGACCACCAGGGGGCAGGCACACCAUACACACUGUCCAGCCUGGACCAAAGAAGGUGUGAGAAGCUGACUCUUCUGUUGUCCAGCCACGUCCUCAGUGCUCCAUUCCAGGAGCCUGUCAGCCCACUGGCUCGUCAUUACUACCAGAUCAUCAAGAGGCCGAUGGACCUAUCAGUGAUCAGGAGGAAGCUGGACCAGAGGAACACUCUUCACUACUUCACAGCCCAGCAGUUUGUGGACGACGUCCUACUCAUGUUCAGGAACUGUGCAACUUUCAAUUAUCCGGAUUCUGAGGUCGCCAACGCAGGCCGUAACCUGGAGGUGUUCUUCCUGUCCAAGCUGAGGGAGGUGUUUCCCAGCCAAGCCUUCCCCACGCUGACCCAGGACAGAGCGAAAAGGAACAGUCUCGCUUGGCUGAACAGGAAAAGGAGGGACUACCACAGGAAGAAGAAACGAGGUCACUUCCUUGACUUCUGAAGUGGUCUGGUGUAAUGUUGUAUGGUGACAAAACAUCUCACAUAGUUGUAUAUUUUUAAUAUUAAUGAAACCUUAGUCUGGCUGUAUCUAAAUACAUUAUUUUAUAAUCAAGGAAUGUAGACAUAUGGGAACUUUUGAUUCAUAAUUUGUGUUUUACAGUCUUGUCAAAUUUGAAGUGAUUAAAUGUCUUUAUUAAACAUUUAGGGGCCAAUUGAAUCCAUCGAUGGAUCUUUUGUUAAACCAUCAAUACUGAUAAAAUCACGCACACAGUCAUCUUAAUAGCAACCAUUAUUGGCCACCGAUUUACUGCUCCGUGAAGCGGAUGUCGAAGUUUACUCUUAGUCCUGAUUGCUGCCAUCAUUUUUCAAGACUAUUUCACCUUCCGCUGGUUUUAUCAUCAGAAAAAUGGAAUCCUGCUAUUAUAGCAAUUUAUCUAUUUGACAAUCAUUCCGUACAACUGAAAUAAACUUAAUUUUCCUAGUUUACCACUUGGUUGAAGAUGGGAAGGUUACAACAACGGCAUCACAAUAAUGUGGAGGUUCUACCACUCUGAAUCAACCAUGGGACCAGCUCAAGAGUUGUAGCUACGCUGCCUAGGCAGCAAAAAGACCACAACCAUCUAGCCAGCUAGCUAACGUUAGCAUAUAAGAUCCGUUGCGUCUAUUCAUGGCUGCCAAGGGAAGCCAA